GCGCACUGAUGCAGUGGCACCGCGCAGACAUCGCCGCGACGAGUACGACUCCUCCGCCACUGAGACAGCCGACGAGGAGAACGACGCUCCUGCCGCCAAGGCGGUGGCGUCCUCUGCCUCGGCGCCGAUGACUGUGCGCGACGUGGUGCUCAACAUGAUAGAGGUCAGCCUGCUGAAAAACGUGCGCCCGCCCCACCUUCCACCGCAGACGUCGCACGCUCCCCCACACACCACCCACACUACCAAGCCUCCGCCGCACGAGUCCCUGGCGACGUUGACAGUGGUGGGUGGUCACGGUGCGCACGCGCACGCACACGGGCUGUCGCACGUGUCGCAGGCGCCCCGCUCCCCCCGCUCGCCGCGCUCCCCGCACCGCCCCGCCACCAUCACGCCGCUGCCGAUGCCGCUGGCACCGCCAGAGGACCGCCUCGAGAGGCGCGACCUCGACCCGCGACACGACCAGCGGCACGACCAACGACACGACCAGAGACACGAGCCCCUGCUGGACCUCAGCGUCAAGCGACCCAGGAUAGACUCCUUCACGCAUCCCAACAAACCGCAGACUUGUCGGACCCCGAGCGAGUACACGUACAGAGCGGCGGAGAGAGAGUCGCCCACGCUGUACGCGAAGGGUCAGGGCGCGGCGCGGGCGGCGCUCCCGGCCCGCACGCCCACCAAGGGCAACCCGAAAGGCUCCAUCACGGCCGGCACGCCGCUCGCGGAGCGCUUCGAGCCCAAGCCGGGCUCCAUCACUGCGGGCACGCCCGUCCUCGGCCCCCACCACGCCCCCGACAAGCGACCCUUCGACACAUACUUCAAGCGGCGCAGCCCCGGCGCAUACUACACGCAGCAACGCCCACAGUCACCCUCACAGUUUACCACGUCAACGAGCGGCUCAAACGCGCCCUCCAGCGGCACCGGCUACCACCUGGAGCGGCGGCAGAUAAUGCUGACGGACUUCAUCACCUCGCAGCAGAUGCACGGCGCGGCCAGGCGGGGCGCGGAGCCCGCUCGCCGGGACCACGACGCCGUGUCCGUCAUCACGCGGCAUACGCACGCACACCCCCACCCCCACCAACACCCCCAUCCUCAUCCACACCCCCACACGCACCAGCACGGCUACCCUCACCCGCCACCAGGUCACGAGGCGUUUACAUCACUAGUGAACGCAGCGUCUGCGGCACCAGCACUGCCCGUGCCGCGGGGCUCGCAGCCUGACCCCAAGCCUGAGCCAAAGCUGCACCAGCAGCAUCAACAACACCAACAACACCAACAACACCAGCAACACCAACAGCAUCAGCAACACCAGCAACAUCAACAGCACUCGCAGCACCAGCAGCAUACGUUACAUCAGCAGCAUUCACAACAUCAUGAUAUUAGAUCCCAGCGCGAGUUCCCGCUGCCGCAGAAGUACCACCAGCCGCUGCAGUACCCGCCGGAGCGCGAGCGGCGUCCUCUGCAGGCGCAGUACGACACCGCACGCGACCGCAACACUCAGAACAGAGAUCGAGGUGGCAUGGUGACAAUACCGGAGCGACAUUACGUCAUCGAGCAGCACCCGCAGCAUCCACAACACUCGCAACACUCCCAACAUCAACAGCAUCCGCAGACCCCGCACUCGCAGCACUCCCAACAUGCGCAGAGCGCGCAGCAUGCGCAGCAACAGGCGCAGCUGCUGCACGACAGGCAUCAUAUGCACCCACAGUCCGGCAGCGCAGGUGCGGGUGCGGGGGCAGAGGAAAGACGUGCAGGCGCGGGCUCGGCGGCGGUGUACAGUGCGCCCAAACAUCGCGCACUCGCCGCCCACAUGCUCGAUAGGAAGGACGCAAGAACAUCAGUGAGCUGUUCUACGAGCGUGGUGAGCUCAGCAGGAGGGGCGGGCGCGGGGGUGGGUGUUGCGGGGGCGGGCGCGGCCGUGGCGGCGGGCGUGGCUGCGCCGGGAGCGGGACCGGCGGACGCACGCAACCUGCCUGUCGAUGGCAAACUAACCGCAGCCUCGCUCAUCAAUGCCAUCAUCACCCAUCAGAUCAAUCAGAACAGUGAUCAACGCUUUCCCUUAAGGGACAACGAGGCGGUGAGCGUGACAUGCAGCGUACCCCCGCCCGGCGCACCCGGCCAGCCCGACCGCAACCUGGACCGCCUGCCCGACCGGGAAAGAGAACGAGAGAGGGAGAGAGAAAGAGAACGGGAGCGGGAAGAGAUCAGCGCGGCGCACACCACCAGCAUCAAACUGGGCGACCUCGCCUCCAACAUCAUCACACGAGACUUCUGCAGCCCCACCACCUCGCUGCAGCACCACAACAGCAGAUUUGCUAUGGGCAGCGAGGGUUACGGGGCGGUGCAGAAUGCAGGCGGGGGAAGCAGUAGCAGUGGGCGGCGCUACAGCGGGGUGGGUGUGGGCGUGGGCGUAGGCGUGGGCGUGGCGGGCGGCGUGCUGACCGCGUACGACUACGUCACCAACCGCAUCGUGGAGGUGAUGCGCAGCGACGCGGACGAGCGCGGCAAACCGCUCGCCUUCCCCACCGCCUACGCAUACCCAUUCUCCGCCCUCAACGUCGCCACCAAUGCAGACGGCAGGCCUACUUACGCGCUGCUGGGGGCGGGCGCGGGCGCGGGCGCGGGUGGCGGGCCCCGGCUGGCCUUCACGCUGCUCAAGCGGACUGAUAAUAACAUAAUGGACAUUGCGGCAACAAACAAUCGAAAUACAUCGAAUACAAGGGCAGAGGGCGCGGCGGAGAGCGGCGCGCGCGGACACCACUCCCGCACUGACACCAUUAACAAAGAAGAAGACAGAGAUCGAGAAGAAGAGCAUCGAGGUGACAGCAGGGAAGACACGCCCGAAAGUCAAGGCAAAAGAAAUUCUGUGAUCCACUACAGCACACCGCAUCGGUGA